AAACACACUUUGAUUGAACUUCUCAAUCACUUCUCAAUGGAAACCAAAGAAUCAAGAAUCUCCAACUACAACAAGUACAAAGUUCUGUUCAUCUUCGAUGGUCUGGAUGAGUGCCGACUGCCCCUAGACUUCAAAAAGAACAAGAUCUGUUGUGACGUCACAAAGUCAACCUCAGUGGAUGUUCUGCUGACAAAUCUCAUCAAGGGAAAUCUGCUUCCCUCUGCUCUCCUCUGGAUAACUACCCGACCUGCAGCAGCCAAUAAGAUCCCUUCAGGGUGUGUUGACCAGGUGACAGAGGUACGAGGGUUCAAUGACCCACAGAAGGAAGAAUACUUCAGAAAAAGAUUCAGUGAUGAUGAGGACCUGGCCAGCAGAAUCAUCUCACACAUAAAGGCAUCAAGGAGCCUCCACAUCAUGUGCCACAUUCCAGUCUUCUGUUGGAUUUCUGCAACAGUCCUUGAACACAUGCUGAAACAUAAGAGAGAAGAGAUGCCCAAGACUCUGACUGAGAUGUACACACACCUUCUGGAGUUUCAUACCAAACAGAAGAAUGAAAAGUAUCUUGGGAAAGAAGAGACAGGUCCACACUGGAAUAAAGAGAGCAUUCUGUCACUGGGAAAACUGGCUUUUCAACAGCUUGUCAAGGGCAAUCAGAUUUUCUAUCAAGAAGACCUGAAAAGGGCUGGCAUUGAGGCCAAUGAAGCCUCAGUGUACUCAGGAUUGUGCACACAGCUCUUUAAAGAGGAAUGUGGGCUGUACCAGGACAAGGUGUACUGCUUCGUGCAUCUGAGCAUUCAGGAGUUUCUGGCUGCUGUAUAUGUGUUGUUCUCAUUCAUCAACAACAAUGAGAAUCUAAUGGCCAAACCGCAAUCAAUGUCCAGAAAUGUUUUUGCGCUGUUCAGAGACAAGCCUGAAGUUACUUCCUACAAGAGUGCUGUGGAUAAAGCAUUACAAAGUGAGACGGGAAACCUGGACCUUUUCCUCCGCUUCCUUCUGGGCCUCUCAAUGGAGUCCAAUCAGAAGCACUUACGAGGUCUACUGACAACGACAAGAAGCAGCUCACAGAGCCAUGAAGAAACAGUCAAGUACAUCAAGGAGAAGAUCAGGGAGAAUCCCUCUCCAGAGAGGUGCAUCAAUCUGUUCCACUGUCUGAAUGAACUGAAUGACCAUUCUCUAGUGGAGGAGAUCCAAAGAUACCUGAGAUCAGGAAGUCUUUCAGAAGCUAAACUGUCACCUGCACAGUGGUCAGCUCUGGUCUUUGUGUUGUUGACUUCAGAAAAAGAGCUGGAUGUGUUUGACCUGAAGAAAUACCUCAGAUCAGAGGAAGGUCUUCUGAGGCUGCUGCCAGUGGUCAAAGCCUCCAGAGCUGCUCUGCUGUCAGGCUGUGGAGUCAAAGAGAAAGGCUGUGCUUCUCUGGCUUCAGCUCUGAUGUCAAAUCCCUCACACCUGAGAAAGCUGGAUCUGAGUAACAAUGACCUGAAGGAUUCAGGAGUGAAGCUGCUCUCUGCUGGACUGGGGAAUCCUCACUGUAAACUGGAGACUCUGAGAAAAUCAAUGGACCCAAACACAGUAAACAGACACCUCUCUCUGUCUGAGGAAAACACAAAGGUGACAUGGAGGAGAGAAGAGCAGCCGUAUCCUGAUCACCGAGAGAGAUUUGACUGGAAACAGGUGCUGUGUAGAGAGGGUCUGACUGGGCGCUGUUACUGGGAGGCAGAGUGGAGUGGRAGAGGGGCUUACAUAGGAGUGACAUAUAAAGGAAUCAGCAGGAAAGGAAGUGGUAAUGACAGUGGGAUUGGAUGGAAUGACAAGUCCUGGAGUCUGUUCUACUCUGCCAACAGUUUUGUUGCCUGGCACAAUGAUAAUCCCACUACCAUAGAUGUCCCGUCCUCCAGAUCCCACAGAGUAGGAGUGUAUCUGGACUGGCCAGCCGGCACUCUGUCCUUCUACAGAGUCUCCUCUGACACACUGACCCACCUGUACACAUUCUACACCACAUUCACUGAGCCCCUCUAUCCAGGGUUUCAUGUUUGGUUUGAUGCCGCCUCAGUGUCCCUGUGUCAGGUGGUUCCUGUGUCAAACACAACAUGAUAUUUCACUCUAAUCCUGGUCAUGUUCAGUAAGACACACUGGAGCAACAAUGUAGAAUAGCUCUCUAGUGUGUAAACAUAUGAUAGUAAAUAAUCAUGAAUACCCACCAUUGAAGUUGACAGACAUUGUCAACUAGAGUCCUUCAUUAAUAGAAUGAAUCACCACACUGUUGUAAUAACUGGUUUCAUUUAGAAAUUCAUUUAGAAAUACAGAUGUGACUAAUAAAGGUUAAUCAACCAGAUGAAAGAA